UAAGCGUUAACCCUACAGUAUAAUUUAACCCUUACACAAUAUAAAUGGAAUUCAAACUGUCCCUGGAGAAAUUCUGCAGGUGUAUUCUGCAAAAGAAGGAACUUCUAGGAGAGCCAAUUCAUCAGGGAUAUAGAAUUAAUGAAAGAGGUGUACGGUACUUAGCAUUCAUUUUGGAUAAACAGUGAGUCAAACUGUAGCAUCAUUGCCUCCUGCUUGUACCUAAUUUGCUAAAUCGGGCAGUUCUAUCCAAUAUCGCCUAAGAAUGAAAGGUGUUUUCCAAGGAGGUGUCGCCUGAGACUUGAGAAACUCAGCGUGAUCUCCCUGGUCAGGCGCAGGAACCGCUCGGGGCCUUCUGCGCAUGUGCACUGCUCUCUUCCCGGUAGUUCACGUUGGUGUACACAGCAUCGCGAGAGGACUGUCCCUGUAGCUCUCGCCGCUGAGCGCCUGGACGCAGGCGGGACUACCCGAUGGUGAAGAAAUCGGGUGGCGGUGGUUGAAUGCGGUUGACCCAUGGGACGGAGGCCCCGCGCGGGAGGGGCCGGUGACGGAGGAAACGGCACGGUGCCUGAGCGCGGGGUGAGUCCUGAUCCGUCUGUAUGCAUCGAAUGCGAACCAGCGCGUCCCCGCGAUUGUCACCCAGCGAAGGGAUUAUUGUCAUUCGGGGAUGUGACUGUGGGCUUCACUGAGGAGGAGUGGCAGCGCCUGGACCCUGCUCAGAGGACCCUGUACAGGGACGUGAUGCUGGAGAACUACAGCCACCUUGUCGCAGUGGGGUUAUCCAUUCCUAAACCAGAAGUGAUCCUCCAGUUGGAGCAAGGAGAGGAGCCAUGGAUAUUAGAGUCCCCAGGCCAGAGUGACCCAGGGAUUAUUGUCAUUCGGGGAUGUGACUGUGGGCUUCACUGAGGAGGAGUGGCAGCGCCUGGACCCUGCUCAGAGGACCCUGUACAGGGACGUGAUGCUGGAGAACUACAGCCACCUUGUCGCAGUGGUUUUAUAGGGCAGGAGCAUUCAGGAGCCACCAGGCAGGCCAGCUCUUUUAGGACCUCAUUUCUCCUGUAACUCAGGACAUCACCAGAGUUGUCUACACUUUUCCAAGGCAGCAGAAAAUGAACAAAUCCCAGGUAAGUUGUUCAUUCCCCACAUUAUUUUGCAGUGGACUUGGUGAGAUUUGUAAGAGUCCCAUACUAAUGGGAAAUUAGCAAUAGAUAGAAAUCUACCUUUACAGAAGAUACAGAGUCACAGAUCAAUAGCAAGGCUAAGAUGGCUUGUAGAUGCAUGCUGAUCAUUCUAUAUUUUAGAGUUUCUAAGCUGACCUACAAAUAACAUCUCUGUUUCUGAAAACCAUGGAGAAAGGAAGACAGUCUUUCGGAUACAGACAGAGUUUUUUCAAGACACAGACUUUUUGGAUGAUAUCAAAGAAGUUUUGGUGUUAACGUAGGCACACAUAGUGAAUAACCUUCCUGUGACAGCCCUGAAAUGAGUGCCUAAAACUAUUCCUCACUGAAAGUAAAAGGGUUCAAGAGCUAGUUCAAGCAGUUAAUUUAAUGAUCGUCUUGUUCGAUCCUGGUAUAAAACCUGAUAUGUUUAGGGGCGCCCAGGUGGCUCAGUAGGUUGAGCUUUCGAGUUUGGCUCAGGUCAGGAUCUCACACUCCGUGAGUUUGAGCCCCACGUCAGGCUCUGUGCUGACAGCUCAGAGCCUGGAGCCUGCUUCAGAUUCUGUGUCUCCCUCUCUCUCUCUCACACUCCCCUGUUCAUGCUCUGUCUCUCUCUGUCUCAAAAA